UCCUCGCACCCUCUCCUGUCCGUCGUCCAUCGCUCCCAUCCCUUCCCAGUCCUUUGAACCGGCCUGACCGAGCCCACCAGGACCCAGCCGCUCAACCCGGCCAUGUCGUCUCCACCCCGCCUUAUCGGCUGCCACUCGGGCAAGGAGUACACCAUCGGCACCUUUGCGACCUUCAACCUCAGCAGAAGUAGGCUGAGCUCUGGCAGCAGCGGCCUCGAGUUCAUCUACUCCCGCUGCCAGGAGGCCGCGCCGCCCAGCCUCGGACAGAGCCUGGCUCCUAUGCAUAUGGUGUUCCUCGGCAGCUUUGGCGACUGCCAGGCCGACCCGACCAUCAAGGUCCUCUGCAGCUCGCGCAAGUUUGCCAACGUCAACCUCGGUGCGGACCCGUCCUGUCUGGGCGAUCGGGUCAGCGACUUUCAGGUUGGCAGGUGCCUUGGCAACAGCGAGGCCUCCAACUGGACCGUCUAUACAAAUCUCGCUGACAUCAACGUCACCGACACAACCACCCUGCCGGACCCAUCUGCAACCUCGUCCAUCCUGCCGUCGUCCUCGCUCGACCCAUCUCCACCCGCCGCCCCCACCAUCUCGCCCACCGACCUGGCCUCCGACACAAGCAUCAACAUCCCACUGAUCGCGGGCCUCUCGGGCGGUGUCGUCGCCAUCGCUGCCCUCAUCUUGCUCGGCACCUGGUGCAGCUUCCGUCGGCGCAAGUCCCGCCAGCAAACCGCCCACUCGGCCGACAUCCAUGCCCACGAACACAGCAGCCUCGUGAGCCGCCCGUCCUCGGGCUCCGAGACUCAAGGCACUCUCGUCAACACCUCCCAGGCCGGCAGUGUCUACAUCAACGCUGCCAGUCCCAGCGACCCCUCGCGGCUGUCGCCUUCUGCACCCUCAUCGACUGUCUCCCGGCCGGGCCACGGCUCGGCCGAGUAUGCGGGGGCAUACACCACCGUCCCCCGCAUCAGCUCUCCGCCCAUCGUCUCGACCACCGACCGGCUCUCCCCCGAGUCCAGGCGCAACAAUCGCAUCAGCCAGAGCGGUCCGCUCUAUACCAUGCAGAUGAACUACCCCUCGACGAGCGAUGGCAAUCCCAGGGCUCCCUUUGUCCCUGGUCUCGCCGGCCCUUCUCCUUCAAACCUGUGGUCCUCCAGCCAGAGCGGCUCGUCCAACAGCCCCGCGACCCCAACCGGCAAUCCGUAUUCCCACGGACCCAACCCACACCCUCCGCUUUCGCCGACUCCGAGUCGACUGGCCCAGCAGCGACUGGAAAUCAGUCCAACCUCAACGUACCCACCACCGCCCAACAGCCUGGCCCUGCCCUCCAUCGCCGAGAUCAUGAGCCACUACUCGGACUCUGGCAGCGGACCCAUCUACCCUCCAAACCAAGUUCACUAUGCCGACGGACAAGCCGUCGUCCCCACGCACGCGUCCCUCCGCCGCCUCGAGACAGCGACCUCGUCCAUCUCGCAGGACGGCCACUCGGAUCUGCGCCGAACCUCAAGUCUCCGCAAGCUCGAUGCCGAACAGAAGAAGGCUGCCGAGUUGCAGCAGCAGCAAUAUCACCAGUACCAGCAGAACCCCGCCGCUGCUGCUGCCACCGCUCGUGUUGCUUUCAAGUACUAUCAGCCCGCAGAAGAUGACGAAAUCUCGGUUCACAUCGGGGACAACCUCGCCAUCAUCUACCGCUUCGACGACGGAUGGGCGUACGGAUUCAACUACUCGACAUCACUGAGGUAGGUUUGGCUGGACCGCCGUAGUGCGUGGAUACAUCUGGUGGUUUAUGGGCACAGCCGAAUCCAAAAGACACACUGACUCAGGGUCAUCGAACGGCCUGUGCUUCCACUCUUCCACUCUUCCACUCCUCCACUCCUCCUCCGCUUUUGUAUUCUGCGACU